GCGGCGGGCUGGCUGCGGGGGGGCGCCGAGCGGCGCCUCGAGAUGGGGCGGUACCCGGACCCGGUGCUCCGGAGGAGCGCGGCGCCUGUGGCGGCCUUCGGCAGCGACCUGCGGCUGCUGGUGGGGGCGCUGGCCAGCGCCGCGCGGGCCGAGGGGGCCGUGGGCCUCGCCGCGAGCCAGGUGGGGGUGGACGCCCGCGUCAUCGUGCUGGAUCCGGGCGUCCUUGACGCUGGAACCCCGCCCGUGCUGGUUAACCCGCGGAUCGUCUCCAGGACCCCCGAGGACGACAUGAGGUGGUGGCGGGAGCGCUGUCUGGUGCUUCCCGACGACGUGCUGGUGACGCUGAUGCGAGACCUCGGCGGGCGACCUUUCUCGCGGCCGCUCCGCGGGGAGGCCGCGCGCGCAUUGCAGCACGAGCUGGACCACCUGAACGGCGUCCUCAUCGUCGACCACGCCACCGACCCUGCGGACCUGCGGUCCGCGGCCUUCCCCGAGCUGCUGCCGCUGGAGGCGGCGGACCACGAGCGGCGCCAGGCCGUGGCAUUUGCGCGGGCGGUCGAGGACUGA